AUGAAGACCGAGAUACUUCAACUUUUGUAUGCAAAUCCCUUCACAUGGCUUGAUCAUGAAGAUCCUUACACAUACAUUACAAAGUUCUAUGAGAUUGAUGAUGCAAUUGGAGCUCUAGAAGCGGACGAAGACCAAGUGUUCAAGAGACUAUUCCAAUAUUCUUUGAUUAGAAAAGAAAAAGAAUGGUUCAUGGAAGCAAAGACUUCAAUUGCGGUUUUCUCUCAAGGUGCAAGUGAAGCCCUUAAUGAAACUUGGGAGCGAAUCAAGUCAAUGUUAAGGAAAUGUCAAGGCCAUGGUUUUGAUGAACUUACUCAAAUCCAUAUAUUUCACCAUGGACUCCAACCACAACCCAGAACUCUAUUGGAUGCUACCACGGGUGGUUCUUUGAUGUCAAAGAAUGUGGAAGAAGCAAUAGCCAUUAUUGAUAGAAUGACACUCAACGAUCAUCAAGGCCAACAUAACCGAGGUGGAGUUACUCACAUAACAAAUGUCAAAGCUCCCACAACAAAUCAAAGAGAUGCAAGAGAUUCCUAA